CAUGAGCCCUUGCGUUGCACCUGCUCGCAUUCACCCCCUCGGCCUCGCCAUAGCCUUUCUUUCCCAGCUUACGCUCACCCUCUGUUUACAGGCGGGACGGUGUGAGUGAGUGUGCGCUUGGGUGGGUGUUUGCCGAGACCUUCGUGGUAGUGGUGUCUGCUUGCUGAAUUCCGAUUGCCCACCUGGGAGCAUGAGGAACGGUGUGCAUAAAUAUUCUUCGUCCAGAAACGAAGACAUGGCCAAGUACAAUGAUCGUGGUAGUUACGCACAGACGUACAAGCUGGUCGUUGUUGGUGCAGGUGGUGUAGGGAAAUCCGCCAUCACUCUACAGUUUAUUCAGAGCUAUUUUGUGACUGACUAUGACCCCACCAUUGAGGACUCCUACACAAAGCAGUGCGUCAUUGAUGACCAGGUUGCCAAACUCGACAUUCUGGACACUGCAGGACAAGAGGAAUUCAGUGCUAUGAGAGAGCAGUACAUGCGGUCAGGGGAAGGCUUCCUCCUCAUCUUCUCUGUCACUGACAGAAAUUCCUUUGAUGAAAUCUACCGUUUUCAUAGACAGAUCCUCCGUGUCAAAGAUAGAGAUGAGUUCCCUAUGCUUGUUGUUGGGAACAAGGCUGAUCUGGAUCAUCAGCGCACAGUAUCUCCAGAUGAAGCAAGACAAAUGGCAGCCCAAUUAAAGGUGCCAUAUGUGGAGUGCAGUGCCAAACACAGAAUCAAUGUGGACCAAGCAUUUCAUGAAUUGGUUCGCAUCAUUAGAAAAUUUCAAGCAGCAGAACGUGUCCCACAUCGACCAAGCCACAAGAAUACCAAAAACAGAUGCCUCCUCUUGUAGUGUACCAUCUACAUCAUCUUUUCUCCAGCAUCCUCAUCUUUUUUUUUAUCAUGUCUAUAUCCUGUUCCAAGCUGUGGUGGACAUCAAUGACCUCUACAUUUUUCAUCCAUGGUGCUAAGGAAUGCCCUCCAUAUGGUUUCUAUUCUCCCUUCAUAAGAGAUAAUAAUGUUU